AAAACCACACCCCACUUGUCGUCGUCUUCUUCUUCUGCAAAUCAAAGUUCGGUUUCUUCAGAUUUCACUGCCACCACCAUUACUGUAAUCUUCUCCGGAAGCUAUCAAGCUUCUCCAAUGGCGGCCUUUUCCAUAGGCUCACACCUUGCUCUGCCUUCUCAUCGGUUGAGGAAGAGACGCUCCGUCGUCGCUUCGUCGCGGAUUUCUCCCUCGACCUCGACCCAGUUUCUGCAAAAUUUGUCGUUUUCCGGAAUUCGAGGUCCGAGAUUUUCGAGAAAUGGUGUUCUUGUUAGGGCUGAGGAUAAGGCACGGGGCACUUCUCGUUCGGUCGAAGAACAAGCUCAAAUCGACGAUGAAGCACAGCUCCAGGACCUGAUGGAGUCAUCAGGAACAUGCGACCCUUUAUGUUCUGUUGAUGAAACGAGUUCGAGUUACUUUGAAGCGAACUACCAGCCAAAGACCGACAUUGUCAAAGCUAUUGCUAUUUUUGCAGCAGCUCUCACAGGAACAGCUGCCAUUAAUCAUUCCUGGGUUGCUGCUAAUCAGGAUCUUGCUAUGGCAUUGUUGUUUGGAAUAGGAUAUGCUGGAAUCAUCUUUGAGGAGUCCCUAGCUUUCAAUAAAAGUGGAGUAGGACUUUUGAUGGCCGUGAGUUUGUGGGUUGUUCGUAGUAUCGGGGCCCCUUCAACUGAAAUAGCUGUUUCUGAGCUUGAACAUGCAUCUGCUGAAGUUAGUGAAAUAGUGUUUUUCUUGCUCGGAGCAAUGACCAUUGUGGAGAUAGUUGAUGCUCAUCAAGGGUUUAAGCUCGUUACUGACAAUAUAACCACUCGGAAGCCUAAGACACUUUUAUGGGUGAUUGGUUUCGUUACCUUUUUCCUGAGUUCGGUUCUUGACAACCUGACAUCUACCAUCGUCAUGGUUUCUUUGCUUAGGAAAUUGGUUCCUCCAUCAGAAUAUCGCAAACUUCUAGGAGCUGUUGUUGUUAUAGCUGCAAAUGCGGGAGGAGCGUGGACUCCAAUUGGUGACGUUACUACAACUAUGCUAUGGAUACAUGGUCAAAUAUCCACCUUGCCGACCAUGAAGGGCCUUCUUCUACCUUCUGCCGUGUCUCUUGCUGUUCCACUGGCUCUCAUGUCCUUGACCAGUGAAGCGAAUGGAAAGGGACAGGAUUCUCCCAAUGUGUUGGCUUCCGAACAGAUGGCUCCACGAGGGCAGCUCGUUUUUGCAGUUGGCAUUGGAGCUUUGAUAUCCGUUCCGGUGUUUAAGGCUUUAACCGGGCUGCCUCCUUACAUGGGUAUGCUGUUGGGGCUCGGAGUUCUUUGGAUUCUGACUGAUGCCAUUCAUUACGGUGAAUCAGAAAGGCAAAGGCUAAAAGUACCACAGGCCUUAUCUCGUAUUGACACCCAAGGAGCUCUGUUUUUCCUUGGGAUUCUGUUAUCUGUCAGCAGCCUCGAGUCAGCCGGGAUCCUCCGGGAGAUUGCAAACUACCUCGAUUCUCAUAUUCCGAGUGUUGAACUCAUCGCGAGUGCUAUUGGUGUUGUAUCAGCCAUCAUAGACAACGUACCAUUAGUUGCAGCCACUAUGGGAAUGUAUGAUCUCACAUCGUUCCCUCAAGAUUCCGAGUUUUGGCAGCUCAUUGCGUAUUGCGCCGGCACCGGCGGGUCUAUGCUCAUCAUCGGAUCUGCUGCCGGAGUAGCGUUCAUGGGCAUGGAGAAAGUCGACUUCUUUUGGUACCUAAGAAAGGUGAGUGGCUUUGCUUUCGCGGGUUAUGCUGCUGGUAUCGUGGCUUAUUUAGCAGCUCACAACCUCCAUUUCUCACUGCCGACCACCGUAGCUCAGAUCCCUUUCCUCGGCAGUUCGUAGGCCGUGAAAAAGACCAUAGGGUUUCGAUUUCGAUGGAAAACAUGGCAAGGUAAUGAGGCUUUUGGAUGGUUACUCUUUCAGUACAUAACUCUUUGAGAAGAACAGGGAAGAUAAGAGACCAUAGAGUGUAAUAGUAUUGGUUCCAAUAAAGGGCUUAGAGCGAUAGGUUCAAUAACUUCGCAGAUUUGGUGUUGGGAAGAAAUCCCACGAAAACAUCGGUUGUAUGAUAAAUUCAUGGAAAAAAAUUCUAUGAAGAUGGUAUCGAUUUCGAGCUUGUUAUA